CAAAUGAACUCUCCCGCCACUGGGAAAGAGCGGCUGUCAGCGCGGGUGUUUCUUCCAGUUUGGUUGCUGGCUGGUAGAAGAAUAUCCCGCGGGUUUAUUUGGGACAGAGAGAAACCGUGGAGUUGGAAGCUUGCGAGCUGACCUGAAGGUAGUCAAGAUGCAGUUCUCGGGAAGGAUCCGGAAGAAGCUGAGAUUGGCAGGCGACCAGAGGAAUGCUCAUUACCCUCAUAGCCUUCAGUUUUACCUGCAGCCGCCUAUGGAAAACAUAUCGUUGACAGAGUUUGAAAGCUUGGCUUUUGAUAGAGUUAAAUUGCUGAAAGCAAUUGAGAAUCUUGGUGUGAGCUAUGUCAAAGGAACAGAACAAUACCAGAGUAAACUGGAGGCCGAGAUUCGAAAGCUCAAGUUUUCUUACAGAGAGAGCCUGGAGGAUGAGUAUGAGCCUCGGAGAAGGGACCACAUCUCCCACUUUAUCCUGCGCCUCGCGUACUGCCAGUCGGAAGAUCUUAGACGAUGGUUCAUUCAACAAGAAAUGGAUCUGCUUCGGUUUCGAUUCAGUAUUUUACCCAAGGAUAAAGUCCAGAGUUUCUUAAAGGAUAGCCAUUUGCAUUUUGAAGCUAUCAGUGAUGAGGAGAAGACCCUUCGGGAACAGGAUAUCAUGGCGUCCUCUCCAAGCCCAGGUGGGGUCAAGUGGGAGUUGGAGUCAGUCUAUAAGGUCCCCUUUGCUGAUGCUCUGGACCUGUUCAGAGGAAGGAAAGUCUACUUGGAAGAUGGCUUUGCUUACGUGCCGCUAAAGGACAUUGUGGCCAUUGUCCUGAACGAGUUUAGAGCUACGCUGUCCAAGGCUUUGGCGCUAACAGCCAGGUCGAUGCCUGCUGUGCAGUCCGAUGAACGACUUCAGCCUCUGCUCAGCCACCUCAGUCAUUCUUACACUGGCCAAGAUUAUAGUACGCAGAAGAACACCGGGAAGAUUUCCUUAGAUCAGAUUGAUUCGCUUUCUACAAAAUCCUUCCCGCCUUGUAUGCGUCAGCUGCACAAGGCACUGAGGGAAAACCACCACCUUCGUCACGGGGGCCGGAUGCAGUACGGCCUGUUCCUCAAGGGCAUCGGGCUGACACUGGAGCAGGCGCUGCAGUUCUGGAAGCAAGAGUUCAUCAGAGGGAAGAUGGACCCAGACAAGUUUGAUAAAGGUUACUCUUACAAUAUCCGACAUAGCUUUGGAAAGGAAGGCAAGAGGACUGACUAUACACCUUUCAGUUGCAUGAAGAUUAUCCUGACCAACCCACCAGGCCAAGGGGAUUACCAUGGUCGGAAGGAGAGCGGAAGCGAGUCUGCCACGUGGGGGAUGGUGUUCAAAUCAGUGGCAGGAAGUGAGGACAUUUUGGAUCUGGUAAAAGGAAGUCAUUACCAAGUAGCCUGUCAGAAGUACUUCGAGAUGACGCAUAGUGUGGACGACUGUGGCUUUUCUUUGAAUCACCCGAAUCAGUUCUUUCUUGAGAGUCAACGGAUCCUAAGUGGUGGCAAAGAUAACAAGAGGGAAGCCAGCCAGCCAGAGGCACCGCAGCACAAGCCCAGUGCCCCGAAGACCAGGGACGCCGCGGCCGCCCUGGCCUCCCUAGACUCCUCCCUGGAGAUGGAGCUGGAGGGGCUAGAAGAUUACUUUUAGUAAAUGAUGUGGCCACAGUAGUAACUCCUUUCCCCCAGAGAAUGCAUUCCUGUUUGAAAGGUUUGCCUUUGUAAAUGUCUCUCCUCCCACCCACACAUGCACACACAUAUCCUGGGAAAGUAGGCCUGCUUCUUCCGCCUUACUUUUGACAGAAUGAAAAAGGAAGAGUUCUUAUCAAAACCUUUCAUUGAAUAGUUUGUUUUGAAUCCUGUUCCAGAAAAAUUAAAAUCGUACUCAGGGACUAAAAUCCUCAAGCAGCAAUACAACUAAAACCAACUUUUAAAAUUUUGCAUAAUUUUGGCUAAGUUCUCUUUUGGACCAUUUUUGCUAAUAAACAGCAUGUAUUUGACUAUA